AUGGAGGCCCGUCGCUUCUAUGAGGCUCAAUGGGCAUAUAUCCUGCUAAGACUGAAGUUCCAAAAAAAUCUCUAUCGCGAGCGCGAGAGAGUCAUUCCGAUCCAUCAGAGACAGCGAGUCAACUCCAAAGGUGGCAUAUCAUCGGUAUGGGAGAUUGUCGUUCUCGAAGAUUUUGUAGACCCACGCCUUCGGGAAAGAGCAUCCAGUGCAAGAUUCAUGAAUGCUUCGGACAACCUUGGAUAUCUAAGUCCGGUUUUCAUGGCCCCCUCCUGUUUUCUUCCCAAUGUAUAA